AUGUGGCUGAACCAUCUUCUCCUGGUCUCUUCACCAAUCGAUGGUCAUCAUAACUUCCAUAUCGAUGGUGUUGAGAUGAAACACCACCCCUUCGAUCCAUUCGGAUCACAAGAACUGCCUCAAAAAAUGAGGAAUGAGAAAAGAAAGAAGGAAAUUCAUAGAAGGGAACAGGUCAACCGUUCAAUUGACCAAAUCAUGCCUAUCCGUCUGCUCUCACUUCCCGCCAAGGAUCUUCAAUAUUGUGUCAAUUUAAUGAACGUUGGCGAUCUAAUCGCCUUUUCUCUGUGCUCAAAACAAACCAAAAACCUUGUGAAGUCUUCAAAUCUGGAAGAAAUAAGAACCACUGCAAGAUUUGGUGAAAAUGACUGCAUCGAAUUUGAAAUACUCGCAUGUCAAAGACGUUUCAAUAGAGAAAUACACAAACAAAUCACGUUUUAUCUCCAUAAAAAUCAAUGGAUGCGAGUGGAUCGUGGGAAUGGAAAAGAGCAAUGGAAAUUUACGAGGAGCUAUUGCAUUGCUCAUUUAAUGAGUAUUUUGAAAACUUCAAUGAUUACUUACCUGGAUCUUAUUGAUCUUCACCAAAUACCGUACCUGAAUACUGUCAAGCAAAUCUUCCCAAAAUUUUAUGCCCUUAGUAUCGGUCGAGAUUGUUCAGAUGAGCUCACAAAAAUGGCGAUUUUAAAAUUGGGACCUAUUGCCGAAGAGGUGGAAGUCAAUAAAAUUCCUGUUAUCAAUGAUAUCUCUCAAUUUUUGACAUUGAAUUUGAACUUUCUGCUUUUCAAAGACGAGCAGAGACCACUCAAAUUGAAGUUAAGUGAUUUAUUGAUCCUCAACGUUCGCAGCAUUGCCAGUGUUAAUACCGAUAUCACUGAGAGAGAAUUGAACAGAUUUCUGAAGCUAUGGAUGAAAGGAAAUCAUAGUUUCUAUUGUCCAGAAAAUAUAGAAUUGAUCUCAAAUAAUGCAUUCAAAAUGGAUCAAGUUUUCAAAGGAAUUCAAUAUGAAACUGUUCUAGAAGACCAUUCAUUCCGAUUAAAACGUGGAGACGGAAAGGAACUGAGGAUUAUAACGGCGGGCAACAUUAUGUUUCAAUUUUCAUAA